AGUCUUUCAGCACACAGGGUGCAUCCUCCGGUAACGAACCUGACACAAAAAUAGUGAGUCGCAGUUACAAACUGGCGAGCGAGAACGACAGCGCACGAUAGUUACUUGUAGUAACUGCCAACAUUGGCCGGUGUUCCACUGCAGCCUGCAGUCUGGACUUCAGACAUUUUCAGUCCGUGCCGCUGCGAAUGCCUCCAUCAUGGGUGGCAUGGAGCUGCCUGCUGGAUUAGCAUGGUCACUGGUUCACAUUAUCCCGCUGUCACUGAUCUACUUCGCGCUGAGAACGCUGCCCACGCUGCUGCAGUGGCUGAUACUGCAAUAUAGGGCGAGAGUGGUGCCAGAGCCAGAGCCCAGCCACUGGCUACUGGGUCACUCGAAGCAGAUUGGAGAUAGAAAGAAUCUACGGAAGAUACGGCAGAAGUGGAUAGAAACAAAUCCGCGACUUUACCGCACCAAAAUCACGUUCCUGUUCCAAUCUGUGAACUUAAUACAUGCUGAGACUGUGGUGGGUGUACUUCGCUCGUCUGCUCCGAAGCAUAACUAUUUCUACGGCUUUCUGAAGCCCUGGCUUGGAGAAGGCCUAUUGGUAAGCAAUGGGCAGAAGUGGGCCAGAGAUCGGCGACUGCUCACUCACUGCUUCCACUUUGACAUACUGCGAGACUACGUAGAGGUGUAUACGGAUGCGUGCGGUAUCAUGCUGCAGAAAUGGUCUGAGUCAUGUGCGAGAGGAGAGAGUGUUGACGUGACUGCUUCAUGUACAUUGCUAACACUGGAUGUGAUGCUGCGUUGCGCCAUGGGCUUUGAGUCCGACUGUCAGAUCCAAGGGAAUGCGGAUACGAAGGCCGCUCAGUAUACUGCUUCCGUGAAGGAGAUGACCGUUCUGCUGGAGCGCCGUUUUUUAAACUUGCUAUAUCACAACGACUUCAUCUAUGGCUUCACUUCGGAUGGACGGGCUGCAAGCAAGCAUUUGGCGGUUAUACACGGAAUGAGCCAGAUGCUGAUUGCGGAAAGGCGUGCUGCAAUCAAUGAAGACAUGCCCACCAGCAGCGAUACAGACGGUCACAAACACCACAAGUACCGCGACUUUCUGGACGUUCUUGUCACGGUGAAGGAUGAGGAUGAUAAAGGCCUGACGGAUGAAGAAAUCCGCGAGCAAGUGGACACGUUUCUGUUCCGUGGACACGACACAACAGCAAGUGCCCUCCAGUGGACAAUCUACUACCUAUCUCUUCACGAGGACAUCCAGGAGAAAUGUCGCCAAGAGGUGCAGAGCGUCCUGCAGAAGAGUGGUCACAGCACGGAGACAAUGAAUCACGCCGAUUUGACCGAGAUGAUCUACUUGACGCAAGUCUUGAAGGAGAGUAUGCGACUUAGCUCUCCUGUUCCGUUCAUCUCGCGGGAGUUAACUGAAGACAUGUCUGUCGAUGGCUAUACUCUUCCACACGGUAUUAGACUUACAGUUCCGUUCUUUGACGUGCAUUGCAACCCUCAGCUGUGGCCUGAGCCACAGAAGUUCGACCCUGAUCGUUUCUCGCUUGAGCAAAGCAAGGAGCGAAGUCCGUUUGCGUUCGUGCCCUUCUCGGCCGGUCCCCGCAACUGCAUUGGGCAAAGCAUGGCGAUGGACGAAAUGAAAGCAACGUUGGCUGCGGUGAUUGCAAGGUUUCGCAUCACACCAGACGCGGACCAGCCCGCGCCGAUUUGGCGCUCUCAGCUAGUUGCUCGGGCAGAACCCAACAUCAAAGUCUGCCUGCGGGAUAUUAAUGCUGACGCGAGGGAGGAUCGCAUGCCAGAGUAGACGCGGCUCUAGACAUGUCUUGUAGCAUCCACACGAUCGCUACUGUCGCGCAUUUGACCACGUAUGAUUGUUUGUAUAUGAGCCCUUGUACACCUAUUAGAGAACUUUAAAGGGGAACUGUCACCAACAUUUAUUCAGGUCUUACUACCGGCUCUGUAUCCGUAUGUCACUUCCCCGCCGGACAUGCUGGUCAUGGCGUUGUGACCAUGGUUACCUUGCUUGAAGUACUAACUACUAUUAGGGCUGGUGUUGUCUUGAGCUGCUUGAAUCGUGCACAUCACUCCCGUUUCUGACCAAGACGUGCCUUUCUGCCAUCCUGUUGAAUUUUCAGUUGAUACUGCAUUGGAGAAUUCAUUACAGAUACCACCCAGAGCAUUUCCUUUAUUAAAUAUAUCAAAUUAUUACUCCCUCAAUUAUGAAUUAUGCCGGGUUACGAUUUAUUUGUGAAAAGACUUACAGCUGCCUGCUAAUGAUCCA